AUGGCCGCAGCGGGACAGCGUCCCCUGGGGCAGGCUGCGGCCCCGGACGGUGGGGGCGAUAAGCGCCCGGCAGUUCGGGCCCGGGAAUGCUGCUCAUUGUCGGAGAGAGCGAGGAAAAGUUCUGUUGACUUUCUUGGACAACGUUCAGUAGUCAUCACGUUGACUCUGAUCGGGAAACUCCUAUCGGUUUUCUUCGCGCAGCUCUUCGUCCCUGGGUGGUUUUGGCGCUGGGACUUAAGUCACAACAAAUUAUCUUCAAUCAAGACCAGUAUCUUGGAUCACCUUCAUAGUCUUCAGGAAGUGAAGUUGAACAACAAUGAACUGGAGAUCAUUCCAGAUCUGGGACCAGUCUCGGCAAAUAUAACUCUUCUAUCUUUGACCAAUAACAAGAUAGCCAACAUUUUGUCUGAACAUCUGAAGCCAUUUCAGAGUCUAGAGACUUUGGACUUGAGCAACAAUAACAUAUCGGAGCUAAAAAUUUCAUCAUUUCCAUCAUUACAACUCAAGUAUCUGUAUAUUAACAGUAACCGAAUAACCUCUAUGGAGCCUGGUACCUUUGACAAUUUGUCUACCACACUUCAAGUAUUGAAACUGAACAGGAACAAAAUUUCAGCAAUUCCUCAAAAGAUGUUUAAACUGUCCCAUCUGCAGCACCUGGAGCUGAGUCGCAAUAAAAUCAGAAAAAUAGAUGGGCUCACUUUCCAAGGACUUCCUGCUUUGAAAUCAUUAAAAUUGCAGAGAAAUGGGGUUACGAGGCUCAUGGAUGGUGCUUUCUGGGGUUUGACCAACAUGGAAGUCUUGCAGCUGGACCAUAACAACUUAACAGAGGUAACCAAAGGCUGGCUUUAUGGCUUACUGAUGCUGCAGCAGCUUCAUCUCAGCCAAAAUGCCAUCAGCAGGAUCAGUCCUGAUGCCUGGGAAUUUUGCCAAAAACUCAGUGAGCUAGAUUUGACAUUCAAUCAGUUAGCAAGGUUAGAUGAUUCAAGUUUCAUUGGUUUAAGCGUGCUGGUUGGACUGUACAUCGGAAACAACAAAGUAAAUUACAUUGCUGAUUGUGCCUUCAAGGGACUUUCCAGUCUACAGAUUUUGGAUCUGAAAAACAAUGAAAUAUCAUGGACUAUUGAAGAUAUGAAUGGUGCUUUCUCUGGCCUAGAUAAACUUAGAAAGCUGAUACUCCAAGGAAACAGAAUUAGAUCCAUUACAAAGAAAGCAUUUUCUGGUUUGGAUGCACUUGAACACUUAGAUCUAAGUAACAAUGCAAUUAUGUCAGUUCAAGGAAAUGCAUUUUCACAAAUGAAGAAACUCAAAGAAUUGCACUUCAACACAUCAAGUCUUUUGUGUGACUGCCAGUUAAAAUGGCUACCACAGUGGAUGGCAGAGAACAACUUCCAGAUCUUUGUGAAUGCCAGUUGUGCCCAUCCUCAGCUGCUAAAAGGGAGAAGUAUUUUUGCUGUCAGCCUGGAUGAGUUUGUCUGUGAUGAUUUUCCUAAACCACAGAUCACUGUCCAGCCAGAAACCCAGUCAGCAAUUAAAGGCUCCAAUUUGAGUUUUGUGUGUUCAGCAGCCAGCAGCAGUGAUUCCCCAAUGACUUUUGCGUGGAAGAAAGACAACGAAUUGCUGCAAGAUGCUGAAAUGGAGAAUUACGCACACCUCCGGGCCCAGGGUGGAGAAGUGAUGGAGUACACCACCAUCCUUCGACUGCGUAAUGUUGAAUUCAGUAAUGAAGGGAAAUACCAGUGUGUUAUUUCAAAUCACUUUGGUUCAUCCUACUCUGUCAAAGCCAAACUUACAGUAAACAUGCUGCCUUCAUUUACAAAAAUCCCCAUGGACUUAACCAUUCGAGCUGGGGCAAUGGCGCGUUUGGAAUGUGCUGCAGUUGGGCACCCUAUCCCACAGAUUGCUUGGCAGAAAGAUGGUGGAACAGAUUUUCCUGCAGCACGCAAGAGGCGCAUGCAUGUCAUGCCUGAAGAUGAUGUGUUCUUUAUUGUUGAUGUAAAGAUUGAGGACACAGGUGUUUACAGCUGUACAGCUCAAAACACUGCUGGAAGUAUUUCAGCUAACGCAACAUUAACAGUACUAGAAACACCAUCAUUUUUGCGGCCUUUGCUGGACCGAACUGUAACAAAAGGUGAAACUGCAGUCUUGCAGUGCAUUGCUGGUGGUAGCCCUCCACCCCGACUGAACUGGACUAAGGAUGACAGCCCUCUUGUGGUAACAGAAAGACAUUUCUUUGCUGCAGGCAAUCAGUUACUAAUUAUUGUGGAUACAGAUGUAGAAGAUGCUGGGAAAUACACUUGUGAAAUGUCUAAUACACUUGGAACAGAACGAGGCAACAUCCGUCUUAAUGUAAUUCCUACUCCCACCUGUGACUCUCCUCAAAACAUUGCCCCAUCACUUGAUGAUGAUGGAUGGGCCACAGUUGGCAUUGUGAUCAUAGCUGUGGUUUGCUGUGUGGUGGGCACUUCCUUGGUGUGGGUGGUCAUCAUCUACCACACCAGAAGGAGAAAUGAAGAUUGCAGCAUCACAAAUACAGAUGAAACAAAUUUACCUGCUGACAUUCCAAGUUACCUGUCAUCCCAGGGGACACUGGCUGAAAGGCAGGAUGGAUAUGGCUCAUCUGAAAAUGGCAGUCACCAUCAGUUUCUCUCAUCUUCUGUAGGAGGGUAUUUUCUGCAGCAGAGGGACAGUAAUGGCAUUUGCCAUCUAGAUAACAGCAGUGAAACAGACUUGGAGGGUGUUGCAGAUCCAUUCCUAUGUCACUAUCUGGGGACUUCAGGGACUUCGUAUUUAAAAGGCAACACAUACACUUACAGUUCUGAUGCAUUUGAAGCAUACAAUACAAGUUGCAGCCCUGAGCAGAGAUCAGCAGGCUUGGGCCCUUAUGAGUCUGGAUAUUUAAAGAAAAAGGAGUGCUAUCAAUACUCACCUGCACAGGAAGAUCCCUUUGACCAGUGUGUUGGCUUUAUUGGGACACCGGCUACAAGUAGCAGAUUGAUGAACUCUAUUUAUACUCAAAAUGAAGGAGCUGGACUGAAAAGCAAAAGUCUCAACUUAGACACAUUUGAUUUAAACAGAAGUUUGGAGCCCUCAUCUAUUACAAGUAACAGCACUUUCAUGGGAACAUUUGGAAAGCCUUUAUGGAGGCCUCAGCUGGACUCUCUUUCAAGCUGUAGACAUCAAGCAAAUUGCCAGCCAAAAACCUCUCAUAAUAAUCAUCAUGUCACACUGGACUUGGAUGCAGAGGUGGAUGAAGAGGGAAGGAAAAGGACAGUUUCUAGGGGAGAAAAUAGCUUUUAUACUUGCAAACAGUCCUUUGAAAACUUCAGGACUUCUCCUUUCCAAUCCUGUGAUUCAGAUACGUAGCUCCUUUUGGACUUGCUGAUUUCUGGAACCAAAGAAAUAAUUUGACAUACUACUACCUCAGUAUGGAACUUUAUUUAAAAAGGGAAUAAGGAGAAGAAGGGAAGAAAGAAACCACAUGAUGCUCUGAAAUCAGAAGAAAAAAUAUGUUUUUUUUCCAAUAAAGCAUCAUUUCCAAGAUGCUCUACAUUGGUUCUACAGGGGAAAAAAACCUUAUAAAAAUACUAUAUUGGUAAUUAUUUUAUAGCUUUUUUUUAAUGCAAAUAAUAUGUUUUGUAAAUUAAUGAUGUAAAUAAUACAGUGUACGUAUUUCUAUGUCAGACUUCAUUUUCUUGAAAUGAGUAGUAAGCAUUCUAAUUUUGUAUUUUUUUUUAAUUUUGUACCUUUUUCAAAUGGAAACUCCAUGCUGUUUGCAGGUACCAUGCAUCUUAUUUGCACAUUACUUUAAUAAAAUAUGCUGCCAUGUGGUCUCUGACCCACAUUAGUGU